AUGUCUGGUCUUAUUAUACCUAAAUUAUUUGUUUAUCCUACCACCGGUUCGAAUGUUGUUCCGGCAAAAAAAAACGCAUUGAUCCCUUAUAUCCCUCCCGAAAUUAUUUGUAUUAUUCUUAAUUUAUUAAGGGAUGAUAAGAAAACUCUUGCAUCUUGUGCUUUAGUUAAUCAUACUUUUAACCUUCACGCUAUUCCUAUUCUAUAUCAUACCGUAGCGUUUACUUUUCCUCAUACGUUUACACUUUUCGCUAAUGUAACGAAUGAUAUUAAAAAUCGUUGUUCUCAAAUGGUUCACCAUUUGGAUCUUUCGAGUUUUUCUACUUGUGGUCUGCAAAAAAGUUCUUCUGAAACUCAAAAAGUUGUCACUCCAGAACUUUUAAUUCAUAUUUUAAGAUCAUUUCCUGGAUUAAAAGCUUUUUCGAUAUCAGAAUCUUUGGAAUCUGUAAUUACCCUUGAUGUUUUAAAAGUUUUAUUUUUAGAAUGUAAAAGCAUCAAAACUGUCGAUUUUUGUGGAUGUGCCAGCAAACAAUUUAGUAACGCUCUAGAAGAAUUCUCUCUUCUAAUUGGUCGCGUUAGGAUCGAACAAUAUUUCAAUGAUAACGGUGAUGAGUCAACUAUAUCUUUUCGAAUGAAUCACGAACCUUUAUUAUCUCAUUUACAAAGACUUUCAUUCCAUGAGUGUCCAGUAAUUUCUGAAUACUCAACCAUUAUACCUCUUCUCGCUCAUGCACCAAAUCUUACACAUCUUGAUUUAGGUGGUUGUUCUAUCAGCGAUUUAACAUUAAACUUCUUAUCUGGAACAGAUGCUCCAUCUAGAUUAUCACAUUUAUUAUUAGCUAAAUGUAAAAACAUUUCAUCAGAUGCUAUUGCAUCUUUUACAACUAAAUGCUCAAAAUUAGAAACUCUUAAUCUUUAUGGUGACAGAACUUCUAUUAAAGAAUUUGAUUUAAUAACCAUACUUCGUUCUCCCAACUCAAAAAAUUUCCAGAUAUUAGAUAUUGGAUCUUCACAAAUAACACCGUUAAUUUUAACAACAAUUAAAGAAAAUUGCAAAUCAUUACAAAAUCUUGGAAUUUCAAAAGCACCAAUAACCAACAUAAAUCUUAUUAAAGAUCUUUUAAAAGCUUUGCCAAAUUUAAAAUAUAUUGAUCUUACUUCAAUACCAUGUUUUAAUAUUUUAAACACGAACAGUCUAUUUACUAGCAUAAAAAAGGAUAAUCAUCCUAUUCAUACAAUUGAGAUGUCUGAGUCAUUACUUAAAAAGCUUCACGUUGUUGAUGGAUGGAAAAUUGACAUAACUAAUGGUAGAAGAUGGUAUUACUCUCGUGAAAUUAAGGGGGGAGCAAUCAGACCUAACCGAGUACAUGGAAGAAAAUUAGAUAUAACUGAAUAUGGUGCUGAAUAUAUGAGCAAGAUUUUUCAAUAUUAUAGCUUUGAUGCAUAA